ACUAAAUACAAUCCAACUUAAACUCAGAUCUUGGAGACAGCCCUGUGUUGGGUUCACAACAUUCUAUAGGCCAAUAGAUUUCUGGAGUAAUAUAACAUGGUCUUGGGUUGAGUCAGUAAUAUAAUGAUCCGGUACAACAUUUGGGAAUUUACCUUUGAGAUAUUUUGGGGCAAAGUAUAGUGAAAUCAAAAGGAAAAACUGUCUCUUCCCCCCGUCUGGGACUAUGACAUCAUCACAUUCUAAUCUGAAACCCACCAGUCGCUGGCUUCACAAUGAUAUUCCAAGUGAAAGUGAAACUGUGUAGUGACUGCUCAUGUUUGGAAAGUGAAAGUGAAACUGUGUAGUAGCUGCUCAUGUUUGGUCUUUGGUUGGGUGGGAGUGCACGUGUCAGAGGGAGGAUAGAGUUACAGGCAGCUUAUUUUGACUUCUGGGAGAGCAAGAGCAAAAGUAAAGCUCUACCAUCUAAACAUUUGAGCAUUUGGUCUGUUGUUUUAUGAGCUCACGGCCCAGUUAGAGCUACUAUUGAAAAGCAGUUACAGCUGGACUAACCUGCAGCUUUUGUACUUGAAAACUGAAAAUAUGCAAGAAGAAUAUAAUUCAAGGACAGAGCUGGAGGAGCGGCUGUGCCAUUAUGUCCUGGACACAUUCUCCUACAUAGAGACAGUAAAACACUUUGUUGAUGGACUCUCCAAUUGGAUGCUGAUGACAGAGACAGAGUUAAUCCUCCUGCUUGACAUACAAGACAAAGCAGCCAGUGUCCAGCAGAGGGCAGAGCUGCAGGAGCAGCUGAGUGCCUCUCUGAAGACCUGCCUGAUGGGGCUGCAGACUCUGGGCUUGUUCCUGGACGCUGUGGAGAAACUGGCCGUCACCUCUGUGCACGUGUUUAAGGAGGAGAACCCAGUUCUGCUGCUGCCGCCUGAAGGGGGCGAUCUGGGCACAGUGCAGGACAUCAUCACUGCAGCUAAGAGCAUUUCCCCCCUGCUGGUGGAGUUCAAACGAGACGAUCAAGACUUCUUCAGUCCAAAACUGCAGAACGUGGAGGUGCUGGCCUAUCAGCUGGACCAGUACAUCAAGUCUGUGCAGACAAUCUGUGGCACCAUCAAGAAAGGGUCUUUGAGCGACUUCAGCUUUUUCAAACCUGUGGUGGACAUUGAUGAGAAAAUCUCAGAGGACAAUAUUCAAAAGAUGCUGGACAACAUCACUCUGCUCCAAAAACUCAGGCAGGACGAGGCCUUCAGGAUGAUGUUCCUGUUCCAGGAGGAGUACUGCAGCAGCUUCAUGCAGAGCUUCAGUGAGUCUGAGCCCAGAAUGCAGCAGUUUCUGGAGGAGCUGGAGGACAGUGCCGUUCAAUUGGACCGAAUGAACCUGGGCGCUCGUAUCUCCAGUGUGACGGGCAGCUCUGUGGGGGCUGUGGGAGGAGUGCUGUCCAUCAUCGGGCUGGCGCUGAUCCCUGUGACUGCAGGAGCUUCUUCGGUCCUCACUGUGACCGGGGUGGGUCUGGGCAUCACCAGCGGAGUCAACACUGCAGUCACCACUGCAACUGAGUUCGGCGUGAACCACACACAGCAGAAGAGGGCCAGCGAGACCUUUCAGAAGUUCAUGGAAGCCAUGAUGAAUGUCCAGGACUGUCUCCUGGAAAUGAGGCAACUUGGAGUGGAUGGCCAAAUUAUCCAUCCGAUUGCUGGAGUGGCCGUGUGCAAAGAUGUGGGGUCAGCAGCGACUAAAGCUGCUGUUGUGUUGUCUGGUGACGCUCUGGCCAGUAAUCUCCCACGUGUGGCCUCCGAGCUGCCUGACGUGGGGCAGGCUGCAGCCCAAGCACCCCUGGCCCUGUCCAGAGGAGCCAGAGGAGGCUUCAUCGCUCUCAAUGCUCUUUUUCUGGGGAUGGACGUGUUCUUCAUCGUCAAAGACAGCAUGAUUUUGGCCCGAGGCACUGAGACUGAGCUGUCCAAGUUCAUCCGUGCCCGAUCGGCUCUGUGGCGCUCAGAGAUUACAUCGUGGCAUAAGAUCCAUGACCUCCUGGAGAAAGGGGAAUCAUCCUUCAAGACGAAACAAGCCAUUCUUGUGAAUGAGUUUUACCCUGAGGAGCAGAUCACAUGGGAGACACAGACUGAGGACAAUGAAGCUUUGUCUGAAGUAGUGGGCGACCAACUAACAGAGACAGAAAAGUGGGCCUGUGUGAUACAAUAGUACUGUGUUUUAGGCUCUAGGCUGAACAAUGAAUAUUCUAAAGCCAUAUUAUUGGUCUGAAGCAAUCAUGCUUAAAGGUACUGAACCUGAGUUUACUGUCUUAAAAAUGAACUAGUUCCGUUUUUCAUGUUUUAAACGGUUGGCAGUGGUAAAGUGAUUGCUUUACCUUGCACAUUCUGAACAUCUUAAUUAUUCACCACGAUGAGUUUUGCCAUGGCAAAGCUAACAAUAUUUUUUCCUUUCUUUUUUCCUUGUGAGUAGCCAUAUUUAUUUGGAUACAGGAUAGACUGUGUGUGUCUCUGAUUGGCUAAUCCACCUGUCAAUCAUGCCCAUCUAAACUCAGGGAGACUGAACAGUGAUCAGACUCACGUGUACAUAAAUUACUGGAGAAGUGUUUAUUCUGGAUCUCAGGCAACCUAAGUCCUAGUCUCACAAGUGUCCUUCAAGAUGUCAUAAUAGUAACAGUAUCCAUAAACAAGGACAAACCCUUUGCUUUGUUUGGGGCAGGUGAAGACACCCCUGAGGCUCCUGUAAAUAAUUCCUUAAGCACUUGGAGCACUUGGAGACAACGCCUGUGCUGAUUUCUUCAAUUUGGAGAUUAAAGUGAAGUACCAUUGAUUGGUAAAGUACAGAUUUGGGAUUGAAGACUCUGUCUGGGGAGAUUUAAAAGUCCUAUAUUACGCAAAAUUUACUCUUGUGACCGUUUAGUCAUGUUACCUCAUCACUUUUCUGGUGGAGUGUCAGCUAGAUGCUUGUUUCAAUAGAGAUGUUAUUUCUUUGCCUGGAAUGUGCCACAGUAUAGCAUUAAAGGUCCUAUACUAGAAAAAAUGUACUCUUGUGAUCUCAUGUUAUUAUGAGUGGAUAAUGUGUAUGAUAGAAGACCUCAGUGCUGUCCUUGAAACUUUUGGUCUGACUCAGCAUGUCAGCAUGUCAGCGAGCCCACACACAACAGAGGGCACACUCUGGACCUGCUCAAUACAAAGAGUGUAAAUAUUUCAAAUGUCAAUGUGGUUGAUGUCUGAUCAUUUCUGUCUUCUUUGACCUGUCUGUUAUUCCCAAACCACUGGUCCUGCAGUUGCCGUUUCUGGCAAAAUCCUUGAAAGAUGUGUUUACCAAUAGCUUACUAACUUUCUCACUUGCCCACCACAGCACUGGCACUGCUCUUAUCAAGGUCACAAAUGACAUCUGCCUGAACAAUGAUGCAGUCAAAGUCUCAAUCCUGAUCCUGUUAGAUCUGAGUACUGCUUUUGACACUGUUGAUCAUGGAUCCUCUUACAGAAACUAGAGGUGAGCAUCUCUGGUACUGCACUAAACUGGUUCAAGUUAUUUUGGUUCUGGUUAUUUUAAUAGAUCCAUGGUUCAAGUCCUAUCUAAAAAAAAAACAGGAUGUACUUGGUUGAAAUUGGAAACUGUUUCAGAUUACAUGACCCUGACCUGUGGGGUGUCCCAGGGGUCAAUCCUGGGUCUCUUUUUGUUUAAUCUCAACAUGCUGCCCCCUACAGGCCAGUAAAUAUACAGUAAUAAUGUAUCCUACCACAACAAUGACAUGUUAGUGCCAUAUGAACCACCUGCACUCUGAGGAGCUCAAGGACCGACCUCCUGCUGGUGCCCAGAGUCAGGACUAAACACGGGGAGUCAGCGUUUCAGGUUCAUGCAGCUAAAACCUGGAACAGAUGUGAGACAGACCUCUACUAUGAUGCUGUUUAAAUCCAGGCUCAAAACAGUUCUGUUUCGCUGCAUAUGACUUAAAGGUUUUUAUUCUGCACUCUUCUCUUUUAAUGUUCAUUUUAUGAUUAUUUAUGUUUUGAUUUGUUUGUCUUCAAUUUUAAUAUCUUUCUUAUUCUGUAAAGCAAUUUGGAUUACUUUGUGUACAAAUUGUGAUUUACAAAUAAACUUGCCUUGCUUC